AUGGCAGAGGCAGAGUGCCCCUGGCGAAGAGAGACAAGGUGGUGCCCAAGAGACAGUAGUGGGUGGUGCGGACAGCACAACGACAACUGCCACCGAGGCCGCAGCGAACAACGGGGCUUGAUGCCCGCAGAGGUUGACGAGGAUACCACGACCAGCCACACUCAAGCAGGCCCGAUGCCCAUCCAGGAGGGUUUGACGAGCGGUGCGGCCUUUGCUCCUGUGUUUGUGGCUGCACCCCUCCCCAUCACGCAGGCACCAGCAGUCACACCCCAACCCUGCCGUGUUGCUUCGCCCUCCCCUCCCGCUUCGGUCGUUUGGUCGGUCGGCCCCUUUCGGGCAUCCCUCCUCCCUCCGGCGGCCGCCCCGCAAGAGUCCCAGUCUGCCCCUGCCCCCUUCCGCCUCGAGCCACCCUCGCCGACCACCCUUCGGGCCCUGGGUCUCUUGCCGGGCGUGCCUGCUCCCAUAGUGGGCUCGCCGGCCUCAACUGCCCACGACCACAGCGUGUGGAAAGCGUCAGUGACGGCAUGCGACCCGUUCAUGGGGUAUGAGGAGGCUGGAUCCCCUACCCAGGGAUCUCCUACUCAGGGAUCAUCUACCCAGGGAUCCCUACCCAAUGUCCUUCCUUUAGAUUCUGACCAAUUCAAGUCGAGGCAUCCAUAG